AUGUCAGACAGAGAAUUUAGCUCAAAUGACGAUCUCUCGCUCCCAAAAGCCACGGUGCAGAAGAUAAUUUCGGAGAUCCUUCCGCCUUCCUCCGGGCAGACUUUUGCAAAAGACGCGCGUGAUCUAUUGAUGGAAUGCUGUGUCGAGUUCAUCACUCUCAUUUCCUCGGAAGCAAACGACAUCAGUGAGAAGGAAGCGAAGAAGACGAUCGCAUGCGAACAUGUUGAGAAGGCUCUACGUGAUCUUGGAUUCGGUGACUAUGUGCCGGAAGUCCUCAACGUUGCCGAAGAGCAUAAAGAACAGCUAAAGACACGCGAGAAGAAAACGAGCAAGAUGGAGCAGAGUGGCUUGUCAGAAGAGGAGCUUCUUCGACAGCAGCAGGAACUCUUCCGUUCAGCAACCGAGAAAUACAACGCCGGUCCGGAGUAA